AUGCCGAAAGACAGCAACAUGAAAUCUCGAGUUUCGGGGUAUGCACCGAUGGCUGCACCAUACCCGACCACUGCCACCGGCUCGGCGGCAACACGGAGUGCAGCUAUCUGGAGUGCCGCGGACGACGAGAUCCUCCUUCAAGCUCGUGCUUCCGGCCUGAACUGGGGUCCUAUCUCUACGAAACACUUCCCGGGUAAAACGCCGAAUGCUUGCCGCAAGCGCCAUGAGCGGCUUGUCGAGAAGAGACACGGCGAAGAUUGGGACGUCCAGAAGUUGGAGCUCCUUGCUCAGGAGUAUGCUGCGGUCAGGAAGGAGAUGUGGGAGAUUCUUGGAGCACGGCUGGGCGAGAAAUGGGGGCUCGUAGAGGCCAAGUGCAUGGAGAAGGGACUCAAGACCCUUCUAUCCACCGCGCGCACAGCGCACAAGCGCAACAGCCCGAGCCAAAGCGGCUCCGUCGACGAACGAGGUACAGACCACCACAGCGAUUCAGGCAUCGGCUUCUCAGACGCUGAGAUGGAGGUAGACGACGCUGCCACUAUGUCCAGAAAGCACGCCACCUGGCCCGCUGAAGCUGAGACGAUUCACCAGCAACCACACCCCGAUCACGUCCGCUCGCGCAGCCUUCCGCAAGCUUUGCCAUCUCUACGACCGCUGCCGCUGUAUGUGCCUCCGCCGCCACCGAUCAGCACGCAGCGGAAGGCGUAUGACUUUGACGCACCAAAGACGACGAGUCCAGCGACUAUGUCCUUUGUGCGGCAUGCUUCGACGCAGCGCCAGUCGCCGGAAUCACAGAAGGGGAGGGGUGGGAUGAGUAUUCAGUCUGUUUUGUCGACGGAGCCGCAGUGUGCUUGA